AUGCCUAGGGUAUUACUGUUUGUCAAUACUGUUAACACAACAGAUCUAAAAUCAUCCUUUUUUCCAAAACUUUAUGAAAAUUGUUUUCAAUUUGCCAACGUUAAUUAUUUAACUAUCGCCGUAUUGCCUCGGAUUACCGACGCAAUGCAUUUGGAUGACAUUUUAGGUCUUAUAUAUAGUAAAGCUCGUGAAAUAUUACUUAGCUCUGGUAAUUUUGAAAUCAAAGUUGAUGUUUUGUUCAAUAAACCAAAAGAUUUUUACACAACUCAAACUUGGGAUUGUGUUUUUAUUCCAAAGGAUUUAGAGCAUUCUUUUAAGGAAAAGUUUCUCAGGGUGGAAUUUUAUUCAUUUUCUGGUACUGAACAAAUAGAAACCUUCUCAAAAGAUGAACCAAAAUAUACUGAAAAUUUUUACAAAGUUAGUGCUUUGGGGGGCACAUUUGACCAUAUACACGAUGGCCAUAAAAUUCUACUUAGUGUUGCUGCAUUUUUGACAAGCAAAAAGCUUAUAAUAGGUAUAACACAUGAUAAAUUAUUGGUGAAUAAAAAGUACAAAGAAUUUCUUCAGCCAAUCGAAGUUAGAGAAUCCAAUGUAAAGAAUUUUUUGAACUUAAUAAAACCAGGUCUAAAAAUCGAACUUGUUCGUAUAAAGGAUGUCUGUGGUCCAACAGGUACAGCACCGGAUAUUGAAGCUUUAGUGGUAAGUAGAGAAACAGUCAAGGGGGGUGAAACAGUUAACAACACAAGGCAAGCGCAUGGAUUGUGUCCUUUAAAAAUAUUUGUCGUUAACGUAUUGGGUGGCAGAGAAGAAGAUGGUUGGAAAGAAAAAGUUAGCAGUACACACUUGCGCGAAUUAGAACAACUAAAGCAAGAUCACUGCAACAAAAUAUUACAUCCCAAAUAA